AUGGUACAGAAAUGUAGAGAAACUGUGGGAUUCGAGGAGAAACAUCAGAAAGGCUCAAUGUGGAAGAAGAUCAAGCAGGUGACGGAGAGCAGGGUGCAGUGGUUCAGCAAGAGCCAGGAGCCACCAGGCGGCGCUGUUCAGCUCCCACAGCUUGGCACGCGCCCAUCGCACGCGGCUGUGGGGAGCGUAGAGAGCAGGGCAGGGCGUGUGCUCCUCCCACUGCAGCCCUGCCCUCACACACUACAGCAAAACACAGGACGUCCCACGCAGAGAUGCAGACACAGGCAGCGUGCAGCAGCCAUCACUGUGGAGGACACAUUCAGGCAGACACAAGCCGAGAGGAGAAACACAGAGAGACACGGCCAUAAGGAAAGUAGCGUCGCCGUCGUGUUGCCGCAGAAAGCAGAGGAGUGGGAAGACACUUACGACCAAACAAGAGAAGAGAACGUAGAAGUUAUCAAGGUCUAUCUGGAGUCUCGUCCGGGCGCUGAGACUCACCAGCACAACCUGAGGAUGCUGAAUGACGAGGUUUCUCAAAUACAGGAGGUGAGAUACUGUCUGAAGACGCUGAGGGAACAGAUGGCAGCCAGACAGAACACCAACAACAACAAGUGUCCGACCAAUGGCUACAGAGUGAACUUGACACAUGUCCCGCCCCCCGUCACCAACGGCAACGCUGUCAUCGAGGAGGAGAGUGAUGCCGGGGAUAAUCAGGAUGAGACGUCGCGGCUCAGAGAAGCCACGAAGAGGCUGUACGGUCAGCUGAAGGAGAUGGAGAAGCGCCACCGGGAGGAGAAGGAGAGGCUGCAGGCUGAGAACGACAAGUACCGGGCGCGUCUGAGCGAACAGUCACAGCGGCUGCAGACGGAGGAGGAGAGGUCCGAGGAAAGGGGUCAGCAGGUGGAGGAGUUGCAAAGGCUUCUGGGAAAUAUCCAGUUGGAGAGCGGGAUCCUUAAGGACAAGAUGGCUGCAGGGGAGGAGGAACUUGUGCAGCUCAAGGCCCAAAAGGAGGGAGGCCAAAAGAACAAGCAGAGGUGCGCUGAGCUGGAGAAGGAGGUGGCCACAUUAAGGGAGAAGAUCCAUCAUCUGGACGACAUGUUGAAAAGCCAGCAGAGGAAAGUGCGUCACAUGAUUGAGCAGCUGCAGAACUCACGAACCGUCCUGCAAGAAAGAGACCGAUUCAUCCGAGACCUGGAGGAAAAAGUAGCUUUUCUGGAAGCUGAGAACCGAGAGAUGCACGACCACAUGGAGUACCUACUGGCGGGACAAGAGCCUCCUCCUCUGUCCAUCAAUGAGAAAAAGCCAGAAGUGGUUUACAGCAAACCACUUACACCGACGAACCAUGGCAACAAGGCUCUCCCCUUCAUCAAAGUCAUCGAGAUCAAGUCGUGA